GUAAGAGUAUACAGGUAGUAAUGUAAGAGUGGUCGGCACGGUAAGUUCCUCCAGAGCCCGAGCUACUUUCACCGACCGUGUCUGCGCGGCGUAGAAUUCGUGUGACCGUCGCCACUGCAACAAAAGAACCGAGAUCGUUUAUAACACGCGAGUGAGUAAAACACAAUAUUUUUUUUUUUCAAAGAUAUCAUUUAUACACGCGUAUGCCCUUCGAAAACCUACGGAGGAUUAGUUUCUGUAGAAAAAAAAAAAAAAAACAUCUAACAAUUAUUUUCGGAGGACAUCUAUAGCUACUUAUUGAAUUCACUAACAAAAUAUUAUUGCAGUCACGAAAUUGCUCUUUUCGAAUCUCGAAUGUAUCCGAUGUCGGGCGAAAUAAUAUAUUUUUAUCGUCCGAUUACACUUGUUCGAAAAAUACACAUUAACACAUUAACAUAACAUAAUAUAAGAACUAACCGUAUUAUUAUUGGCAUUGGUAUGUCGGCGUAUUUCUGUAUAUUUUGUACUAUCACUUUUUACCAAAAACAUGAAAGACUAGUUUGGUACCUAGUGAACACGUGUGUAAAAUCCCCGGUUUCCGGGAAAAAGGGCUUAAGUAAACUGUUUGGCCUUUUGUUUUGUUUUACUUAUUAUUUUGUCUUGUAUAAUUUGUUCCCUUUAUUUUUCGGUACCAUAUGUGUGUAUAUUUAAGAAAUUAUCGUAUUGGUGUAUAUGCGUUUUUAAAAUGUAAUUUGCCUGUAUUGUAAACUGUACAGAACCAAUUUCAGUAUUUUCUUUGGGGCCGAAAAAAUACUCCGAACUCUGUAUAAUCGAAUGACAAAAAUAAUAAACAUUAAUAUUGUAAAGAUAUUCAGAGAUUUUAUAAAAACAAAUGAAGGUGUUAAAUAAAUAUCAUAAUAGGCAAUUAGUUACAGGUGAAAUGUGAGACAAAUUUGAUGACUGUUUAAAAAAAAAAAAUUACCGUAUCGUUUUUUAUUCAACAUUUUUUAUAAAACUAUAUCAGUUGUCUUACAAACCGCUCGAUUACGAUAUUACAAUGAAUCACCGUCUUCGAAUAUUCCCCAAAAAUGAUUUUUUUUUGUGGGUACAUUCUCUUCCUGCGUGUUCGAAUAAAUUGCAAUCUCGUUUCCCCACUCGUGCACGUCACGCUUUCUUCCGUGUUCAUCCUCGUGCCGACUUAACUUUUGUUCGUUUUAUUUUUACUACUCUCUCCCGUUACAACAUAUUAUUGGCUUAAACGUCGUGCUUCACGUCUCUUUCGGAUAAUUGUAUUUACCUUUCGGCUUGAUAAUAUUACACUCGAUCUAAUAUGUAGUAGAAAUCUACUGAUAGUAGAUAAUAGUCUUAUUAUUAGUUUUCAUUGCAUUCAGCAAGUAGUGUUCGCGCGGGCUUUGUGUUUAUGACGUUUUGUGUAGGUACUUGUAUAAUAUGUUACCUGCGGGCGCAGGCACUACUAAGUAAAACGUUUUGGGUAAAUAAAUGUUGAUAAAUCGAUCACAUAUUAUACACAUUUUCGUUAAAGAGGACGUGAUAAUAUCCGCAUGUGCCGUCGCCAUCUUACAAACGUACGGCAUAGCAAAUUUGCGUUCAGCGGGAACAACACCGCGCUGUUAGUUUUAACAUUGGAGCCAAUUAACCUAUUAUUAAACAUAAAGAUAAGAACAUUAUCUGUGCAACAGCGCAACCGUUUUUUUUUCGAUAUUCGUAAGCGAGAUAUGAGUGUUUUUAAUUGUGAUAAUUCACUUACUCGUAAAUUGGUUAAAACUCAAAUAUCCAAAAAAAAAAAACUCUCCGAAGUUACUCAAACAAUGUCUUUGCCUUUAAAUUUAAAAUUAAAUCGAUCCGCUCUUAUAAUACAACUAACAGCACAAGUCGUCCCUGCAGUACGCAAAUUUGCUGUGUCGUACGUUUGUACGACGGAGACAACAACACGUCCUCUUAACUAUCGAUAUUAAUUAGUUUUCUAAGUUUCUAAGGCGACUACACGUAACGCGCGCAGUUUAUUCAUUUAAUUCAUAAUGGUGUUAUUUUCGUCUGCGCGCGGACAAAAUACAAGACCUUUUACAAUGGUUUUUAAUAAUACGAGGAGAAAUAUUAUCACUUUAUUAUGGUGAAACCGUUCGAUGAUUUCUCUUUUGUCGAUGCUCAUACGUAUUAUAAUUAUUAACCAUAUUAUUAAUAAUUAUAAUAACGCUGCUACCUAAAAGUAAUUUUGCCUAUACCAAUUUUACCUGAUUAUUCAAAUACUAGUUAACAUUACCAAGUUAAUUUUUAAUACUAUUAUUAGAAAAAAUAGCGAUUUGAUUGGUAAUUACUAAUAACGCCAUGUCAGAAUCGUGACAAUAUAACGAAGAAAAACACAUAUUAAUGUUAACGAUUAAUGAUAAAUUGAAUUUUAAUGUUUUUGUACUAAUAUAGGUAGACAACAAAAUUCAUAUAGUUUAAUUACUUAUUUACACCGGAUACUGUGAUAAUAUUUGUCUAUAAAAAUAAAUAAUUAUUGUAAUUUAUAUACAAAUGUUAAUAAUAUUCAUGAAAAAAUGCUAUGCAUAUAAUUCUUAAUUAAAUAUAAACUAAUUUAUUUGAAAUGAAAUGAUAAUAAAUUUUAUUAUACCAAUUUAAUCAUAAAUUUGGGUAAUUUUUUUUAAAGUCAUUGCCUUUUCGGGUACACUAUACUUGUAUACAUCGUCGUAGGUCUGAGUAGUGUGUAAUUUUCAAAUUAGUUCGUUUGAGAAUUAUUAAUCCCACGAGGUUAAGCGCAUAGGUACUAAAAUAUUAUGCGCAAUGUAUCUGCUUAAUAAUUUACAUAAGUACAUAAUUAUAUAAAUAAUUGUUUGAUAAAAUAAAAUGAAUUAUACCUAUAUGCAAUAAAAAAAAAUGUUUUCCCAAAAUGUACCAAGUGCUAUAUUAUUUAUAGUUAUAGUAGGUAAUACUUUUUUUUUUACAAAUAUUGAUUAAAAUACGCGAGUAGUGCGGCGUGCAAUAGGUAUAUUAUUAUAAUAAUAUUAUCAUGUGUGGUUGUAAGUAGCUACGGUACACUGCAACAGUUCCGGUGUCUACGACACGUUUUACAUGCAAAUGAAAUAUUAUUUCUGUCUGGUAAAACGUAAUAAUAUUGUUGUUCUUUGUAUAGACAGAGAAUAAUAUGUCGUAUCGACACAUUAUUGUACAUAGACAGCGAAUUCAAAUUAUUAAAUCGUUUCCUCUAAAAAUUCUCGGUUAAAUUAUUACUCGACAUGUUUAUCAAUAUGUAUAUUAGGCAUAUCUACACCUAUAUAUAUAUAUAUGCAUACAUAAAAUAAUAAAAUGACACAUACUUGCAUAUUUGUUCGCGGCCUAUAACCUAACCCAAAGUCUCGUAUUGCAGAGAUACCGCACCACAAAAUAUUUGUGUGUGUGUGUGUGUGUGGAGGGGGAGAUAUCAGUGGCGUACGUAGCGGGAGGGGGAUGUUAGGGAUAACCGACGGCGGAGGAGGGGGGUCACAUCCCAUUGGCUUUUUAACACGACAACUAUGAGUAUUAAUUCGAGAGUUUAAUCUCGAAAUGUACACAAUUCCGUCAAAUUACAAAGAAAAGCAUUAUUUAUUGGUUAAAAAUUGAUUUUUUGGCUCCGACGCUCAGUCAUAUUCCCAUUGUCGAAUCGAGUAAAAAAAACGGUUUGCUUAUGAUUAAUAAUCGUUAUAAUCCUGUUCCGUUGAAAAUUCCUGGGCACGUCACUGACGGUGACAGUAUCCGUAACAUUAACAGUACUCGGGAAGUAAUAUCCAUAAAAUAAUGUUUGGUUAUUUACCUGGUACUAUAUUUAAUACCUUUAUCUAUAUUAUAAGUUACGGCAAACACUAGAAUUGUAGUUUAUAACAUACGAUUAAAUGUUUUUCGAACAUAACAGUCGAUACUCAUCUUCGAAAUUAUUAUAAAAUCGUAUGUUCAAGAAUUUUAAUAAUAGCUAUGUUUCAAGGUCGUUUAAAGAAAAUUUACCUAUUUAGGUUCUAUCAUUAUCACAUAAGAUUCAGAAUUCGACCCAUAGUUGACGUAUAAAUUAUAUUCACUUUAACCUUGACUUUACAACUGUAUAUUUUAUAUUAGUUUUUUUUUUUUCGUGAAUAGAAACUAUGUGGUACUCCGAGACUCUCUCUUGCCUUCGUACGGUCAAUCUGGUAGCAUUCGCGUCUUACACCGUCGUGGUCGCAACCGUGUUUUUAGUCACUGUUAAACUGUACACUUGGAUGACUACGGGUGUAUACCGCGGAACCAGAAGCAUGAAAGGCAAAACCGUAAUCGUCACAGGAUGCAACUCAGGUAACAAUAUAAUAUUGUUUAUACAAUUUGAAUUUUGACUUUGAGUUUAAAUAUACACACAAACACAUAGGUAUACUAAGGUGUCUAUAUAUAUUUUACAACAAUGUCUGGUUUUUUUUUCUUUUAUAGGGAUCGGAAAAGAAACGGCCAAAGAUUUAGCCAAGCGUGGCGCAAAAGUGAUUAUGGCCUGUAGAAAUAUGGAAACGGGAACUAAAGCUAAAGGUAAAUAUCGGUUUGAAUUGCCCAAUCGUCUUUUGUGUAUCGAUUAGCAUUGAUAAGAGUGCGAGAGGUAAAGUAAAGAAAUUGUAUUUAUUUUCGUUCAAUGGAAAUUCUCUUACUUCUUAAGGGGAUUCGAGUUAGUUCCUCCAUGUUAAUAUUUGUAAGUAGGUGUAUUUGAUGUGUUUUAGAUUGUUUGUCUCCGCAGUAUAUAGAUUUUAUUUUUUUCUGUAAAUUUUUUAAAACAUGCAACAGUUUAAAAAUUGUUAGUUUAGGUAAUUCUGUCACGAAAUGCCAUAUAAUAUAGAAAACUAUAAUACAGAUUUUCAAAAUUUUUUUGAAGGCUUGCUCGUUAAUUUUUCGGUUAUAUUUGCAAUAAUCUUUAUGUUAUUAUCGUAGCACGCAGAUAAUAUUUUUUUGCUAUACACACUACACGUGAAAAGUUUCAACGAAUAAAGUUAGCAAAAAAUAUUUAUACGCUAUUAUUUACUGCAUACAUUAUUGUAUUACAGAUAAAUAUUGUCAUAAUGUAUUGUUUUACAAGCGUUCUCGGAUGCCCUUGUCAGUGUACAGUAAAUUAAAACGAUAAUUCAUUACUAAUUUCAGCGGUCGCCUUGUAGAGUUAAUAACGCCCAGGCCAGAUUCUCUCGGUAUAAAAUUUAAUGUCUUUUAAAAAAAGAACUUCCGUGUACCCGUGACAAACAAAUUAAAUAAGUAAUAUCACUAAUGACUGUUAAAUUUUCGGAUUAUAAGACCAAAAAUCAGGUGUCAUCUACGACUAUCAGGGAGUUGGAUUCCGGUAUAAAAAAUAUCUGUAGUCUAAGUAACUAUGCCUGAAAAUACUAUUGGAAUCGGCUUAAUCAUUCCAAGAAUAGUGUGGACAAACAGACAGAUGAACAAUUCAAUUGUAUUCAUACACCCAUGUGUAUUAUUGUAUAUAAAUGAGUAUUUUACUUACUAGCGAAGUUUAUACAUGAUUUGAAAGGGAGUAAUAAUAUUUACAGUUUUCAUCAAAAUUUGAUCUCAAAACACUUAUAUAUAAAAAAAAAAAUUACUACAUAACACUCAUUUCAUUUUUGAAUUGUAAAAUUUAAUAAGUACGGAUUAUAAUAAACUUCCUGUUACAUUUUCAAGCAUUUCUGUUUAGUCAAACAAUUGUUUUCAUAGUUUACCUAUCAAAUAUAAGAUUGCGUACAAAACUCAAAAUUUAUCAUGACCAGAGAAAGCAAAUAUUAGGUUACUGUAAGAAUUGCAAGGCAUUACAAAUAUUUUAAAUUAAAUUACAAAAAAAAAAAAAAUUGAAAAUAAUAAAACCGUCAUUUUCCGUCCUUCCGGAUUUUCCCAAUUAUUAUAAAAACUACUUAAAAAAUGACAAUGAAAUUCAGUAUGUAAUAGAAAAGGUCUCUUUUUAUUUUUUGGUCAGAACAAGUAUUCUUUUCGAAAAGUUGUUUACAGACAGAAAAAAAAAAAGAAAAAGAACACGCAUCAUGGUAUAAUCAAUAUAUCCCUCGUAUCUUUCCGGAUAUAAAAUGACAAUAACGCGAUACACUUUAUUAUGGAUACUUGAAUAUACCUAUGUAAUAUAUAAUAUGUUUUUUUUUUUUAAACACAGACGAGAUCAUUAACGAGACCGGAAACUCGAACGUGGAACUUAUGACAUUGGACUUGAGCAGUUUGAAUUCGGUGCGUCAGUUUGCCGCCAAAGUGAACAAACAAGAAUCUCGAUUGGACGUACUGGUAAACAAUGCCGGCGUGGCUAAUACAUUUGGGAAAAAAAUUACCGAAGACGGUUUAGAAAUGACCAUGGCCACCAAUCAAUACGGUCCAUUUUUGUUAACACACUUACUUUUACGUGAGCCAACAUAAUGUUAAUAUUUUUUAUUAUUAUUAUAGUAUGAUUGAAAAAAUCACAUUUUAAUUUUAAUACCGCAGUUGCUUUAUUAUUAUUAUUAUUAUAAUACCAUAACAGUUUGCCAUAUUCGUUUUGUUUUAGCUUUGUUGAAGAAGACCGCCUCCAGCAGGAUCGUAAUUGUUGCGUCCGAUCUAUACAAAUUGGGUAAAUUGAAUUUGACCAAGCCAAAUCCGACUAAUCAACUUCCCGCCUACUUGUACUACGUCUCAAAAUACGCCAAUAUAAUGUUUUCAAUGGAAUUAGCACGUAAACUGAAAGAAAGCAAUUCAGGUGAUUUUUUUUCUCAUGCGUUAAAUCGUUCGUAUCUUUUAUAUAAAAGAGCCGAUUGUCGGUCUGUAACACUUAUUCUCGUAUACUUUGAACGCAAAUUUUGGCGUUAAGGUUAAAAUUGAAGGUUAAACACAAGCAACAAAAUGUAAAGAGAAGAAUAUUUUAAAUUGUUGUGCUUAUAGGUUUUUUCUAACGAAAUUGUCAUAAAAAAAUCACAGCCUUGUUAGUUUUUGCAUUUUUUAAAUAACUUUAAUUCUAAAAAUUGUGUUGUUUAUUGAUUAAAUUCCCAUUUUAAUUGAAACGCUACAAUUUAUUAUUUAAGUAACGUAAUUUUACUACGCCGUGCGUUACUAAUACGAAGAUAACACACAUGGGUAUGACAAAACCUCUUAACCAAAAAAUUGUAAAUGUACCCCAUAUCUCACAUAAUUAUAAUUGAUUUUUUUUUUUUUUGAUAAUUACGAUUGCAUUACAACUUGUGUCAAAUGAUAAUCCCAGUUUUCUAAAUUUUAAAUGCACACCAAAAGUGGAAUUGGUCGUUGCAAUCAACUUUUAUCAGAUGAGUGCGAUUGACCAGGGCCGGAUUUAAGAUUAGAGUCGCCCUGGAGCAAUAUAUUUUUUGUGUUUAUAAUCAAGGCAUCAUUAAAAGUAUAUAUAUAUUUCAUUAAUACACGGAACAAUUUAAUAAAAGUGUGAUACCUUUUUUAUUAUACAAUUAAAUGCCUACCUACUAAAAAAACUUCAGUUCAAACAAUCUCAGUGUUACAAUAUUUACUAAAUAUAGUUACUCGAUCAAAUACUGAGAAAAAAGUGUAUUAAAUAGGUAUUUGAACAUCAAAUGUUUGUACCAUUGCCGCUGUUAUCAAUUUACUGACCUGGAGCAUCUUUUGCACCUAUGUUAAUCCGGCCCCGCGAUUGACGUAUAAUAAAUCAUUGGCUCGUUUAAUCGUUCAUAUUUCAGUCUAUAAUUCGGCGUGGAUUUCGUACGCAAUAAUAAUUGUUUCUAUGUUAAAAACGUAAAAAAACUUCGGUUUAAACGUUUGGUUUCGGUAAUUUCGUAUGUAAAAAAGUUUUCACCGUAAAGAUUUGCAGGAUUUCGGAUUUGGAACUAGUAAUUUUAAAUAUUUCAAUGACCUAUACAACUCGUCGUGUACGAGUACGACGGGCGUACAAUUAGUAGAAAAUAAUAAUGAAUUUUUUUUUUUUAAUGUUUAGGAAUCACCUGUAAUUGCCUCCACCCCGGCAUGAUCGAUUCCGGCAUAUGGAGAAACGUGCCGAUUCCGUUCAACUGGGGUUUGCUGUUGAUUACCAAAACGAUGUUUAAAGUACGUCAUUCACGAUCUUAAACCCACUAACAUAUUGUUAACAAUGUAGAUUCUUCCGAAUUUAUUGUAUCUGACAUUAAAAUAAUUAUAAUUUGUUAUUGGCAGUACAAAAUAAAAGAAUGGUAAGAUAAUGGAGACGGGUGCAGUCAUUGGUGUAGGUGGGAAGUUGUGAUGGUAGGAUAUAGACGGGAAUUUAAUGCAUAUCUGUAAACAAAGAUAAACCAUUGCUUACGAGUUCAGUUGAUGGUGAUGCUUUGUCAACUAUAUAUAUAUAUGUAGUUUUAUAAUAAAACAAAUAAUUAAAUAGGUUCUAUAUAUUUUCUUUAGUAAAAUUUAUUUAACGUUGUACCGAUAUUUCCAACUUUUCUACGUUUUUCCUGGUUUUUCACGUUUGCAGAGAAAACUCUUGGGGAAAAUCAAAAAAUGACCUCUCUAAAGUACCUCGCUAGUGAAAUUUCUUUUUAGAAGCAAUGCUAUCACUAAAAGUUUGAGCAAAAUUGCUGGUAGAAAAAUGGUCUACAGAAAAAAAAAAAUCGUAAAUUAUGUUUAUUAUAUUUCGUAAAUUUUCCCGGGUUUUUUUUUUGAGUUUUUCGUAUUUCACGAGAAAACUCUCGAGAAAACAUCGACCUCCCUAAAGUACCUCACCACGCCGAUUUCCUUUCAGAAAAGGUGCUAUACGUAGAAAUCCGAGCAAGUCUUUUGGAAGAAAAGUUGCGCACAGAUAAAAAAAAAUAAACAUUUUUGUAAAACCAUAAGCUUCUUUGCUCCACUCAGAAUCUAAAACAAAAAUAUUACGGUUAAUGCAGAUAAUUAUUAUUAUAUAUAGUUUUCGUAACUAAUAUUAUACGGUUUGUCAGUGUUUUACGCGUUAUUGAAUAGAAAAUAUUAUGCUAAAUAUUAAUUUUUCAAGUCCACGUUAAAAACCGUCGGUCAUAUACGUAUUUUAUGCAAAUGCGUGUGAAAUUUCAAUAACGCACCGACACGACAUCGUAGCAUCGUAAAACUAUUUUUUUUUCUCCAUUUUUUCCCAUUAUUUUUUAUUAUACUUAUAUAACUGUUAUUAUUAUAACGGUCAUACAAAACUGCACGACAUAUUUUCUUUAUUUUCUUGGAAUACCAAACAAUGUAUAAAUAGACGCUAUCGUGUUAAUGUGAAUCGAGAAAUUUUAUUUUUCAACGGUUUAAAUAUAUUCUCGAAGUAGUACAUUAAAUUAUUUACCAUAUACAUAUAUUUGUACUUUAAAUAGUAUUUUUGCGUUGAAUCCGAAUUGACGGUAAGACAAGUUCUAAAUUGGUAUAGUCAUGGGAGUGCUCAAGGGGGGGCUUUGAUUUAAGGGUUAAAUCUCCCCAUUGACUAUCAUAAAUGUUUAUUGAUUUUACAUAACUGUAGUUCUAUUUUCUUUAUUCUUAUUUCUUGAUCGCAUAUCAAAUGACAUUACGGUUGCAAUUUUCGAAACAAAUUUUUUUUUUUAUCAGUUAUGUAGACCAGUUUUAUUUGAUUUUAAUUGUAACCUCGAAUGAUACCAGGUCUAACCACUACAUUUUACCGACUACCAAGUCACCAAAAUAUAGUUAAAAAGCCUUUAAAAACUGGCUAAAAAGACUCGUAAACUUGAUUCUGUUCUCUGAUUUAGUAUUAUAAUUCAUAAGGUAAAUUUAACAAAUAUUUUGUACUAUCAAAAUUUUAAAUUAUUUAUUUAUAUUCAUUCCUAUAUAAUUAAUAAAAAACAUUUAAUUUCCCCCUCAUUAUUUACGUACAUUUUUAUUAAACCAACGCCCUUUCCUUCAAUAAUGAAAUAAUAAUUAUUAAUAAAACAGUUGGUAAUCAGUUUUUGUUCUUCAAGUUGGUUUGAAAAUUCAAUGAACAAUGAUGGGGUUUAAAGUGGACUUAAGGGAUUGAGACGAAUAUCUCUCAUAGUUGUGGUAUUUUUAAGCCAAUAGGGAAAAAGAUGCACCCGUGACUGUCUCCUCCCCCCCCCUGUACGCAUCCUACUGCAUAAAUAAAAUGUUGAACACUUUUGUUUUCUGGGCUUGACGUUUCAAUUAAGUGAUUAGCAUCGCUGUAAUGUUCCGAUUAUAAUUGAUUAUUUGUUAUUUAUUUCAUAAUUACAAUAUUUAUAUUUUCAAUGCAUUUAUGCAUAACAGAAACGUAAAUAAUUGUUAUAAUUAAACACGCCAUAAUGAUGUAUUUUCAGACUACCGAACAAGGCGCGCAGACUUCAAUUUACUUAUCCGUCAGCGAAGACGUGACUGGAGUGACUGGGAAAUAUUUUAAAGACUGCAAAGUAAAUAAUAUUUUUUUAUCGAUGUUUAUUUACAUUUUUCUAGACUUUACUUAGUAAAUAAAUUCGAUAUUUUACUUUCCGUAUUUUGACUACAAUCCGUAACUUCCCAAUCGAUGCCUAAAGUCGAUAUUUUACACGACUGUUUUCGAACGGAUAUUCUGCGUUCGGACCCAUUAAUGUUGAAUAAAAUUCGAUACUGUGUAAUCUACAGUAUAUUUGUCUUGAACAUGGAUCGGAAUAUAAUAGUACACUAUGAUAAUUGACGUGACGUUAUUCGUUUCGAAUAUCGAUCACGAUUAAAUAUAAAAAUAUCGUAUUAUGUGAACGUUAUUACUCUUAUAGGAAGCGAUUCUGAGGAGUGACGUUUUGGACGAAGUCAACGCAAAGAAAUAUUGGGAAAUUUGCGAACAACUUGUGAAACUUCAACCCGAUGACCCGAGACCGUGAUAAUUUCGGUUUUUUUUAAUAGUUUCGUUUAUCAAAACUACAAUCGCUCAUUAAUAUUAAUGUUUAUUCGAGUACAAAAUAUUUUGGUGUUGUAAACAAUGGUUAUACCUUUUUUUUUUUCUUUUAUUUAAAAUUAAUAUUGUACACUACCGUCUAUUUUAUACGUUUAUAAAUCCUAAUAAAUUACCUAAGGAUAUACCUAAUCCUAACUUAUACUUCAAAAAUGUUAAUCAAAAUUACGUUCAUCGUUGUUUAUAACAAUCAAAUUAAAUUAUAUAAUAUGCAUUAUAACUUUAUUAAAAUUAUAUAAUAUUUUAUAAUAAGUUUUUGUAAUUUUUCAAACGAUUUGAUUCAUUUUACUAAGGCAUUAAUAAAUCUUAUUUAUAUACAAUUUAAAACGGGACAAAAAAAAUCAAGCAUUUUUUUUUUUAUCGGCUCUAUAGCUAAACUAAUAUUAAAAAUUAAUUUUCUACUUCAUUAUUAUUGAAUUUUUCAAUAAUUAACCGUUUAAUGAUAUUUUUUUUGUUAUUUCUUUCAUAAAUGAUUCCUUUUUGUUAAUUAAUUUCACAAUACCUAAAUAACUGUUUCCAAUGUGGAUAUUGAUAUCAUAUAAUACACAUUAACCUAACCUUAGGUGUAUAUUAUAUUGUACGGAUGAGUAUGUGAAUAGUAAAAUAUUAAAUAGUAUUGAAUAUUAAAAUAUGGAUUUUAAAUUUUAAAGUUCUCUAAAUUAGUGACU